AUGACGGCCACGAAGCCGUCAGUACAACAAAAACGCCAUAAUUCCCAGAGCUACCUCAACCAGGGCAUAUCCACCAAGCGCGGAGCGUACUCCACGGCCACCACCAAGCCCCAGUCGCGGGCCAAGGGCACCAAAACCCCGACUCCCACCGUCGUGACCGUUGACGUGCCUGGGUCUCCCAGAAGCAAGGCGAUCGGCAAGCUGAUCGAGCCGGACGUGAGCAUCGAGAACUCCAGCGAGCUCAACGAGGUUCCGGCCACCAAGGAGAGCAAUGCGCACUCGAACUCGCCCGAAUCGUUGCCUGAGAAGGCUUUGCAGAACCGCAGACCUAGCACGGACACAGUGCUGUCGCAGCCGCCCGUGGCGUUGCAGUUGCAGCCGCACCGGGCCAUCACGGAAGAGGAGCACAUCCUGGCGGCCAACCUCCAGGAAACCUACAAGGCGAUUCUGCGGCUCGAGGUGGAGACCCAGCAGGGCUGUGCCGAGGUGAACGAACGCUUGAUCGAAAAUGACGCCAGCACCGAAAUUACGCCGCAGCUGUGGCACGUGUACAAGAACAUCGUCCAGCUGCUCGAUCACUACUACGACUUCCUACUGUAUGCACUUUCGCCCACGUCUGCGCGGGCUGGCAAGCCGCUGGUGACCAACUACCGGAUUUUGCGCCGAAUGUGGGUCUACGGCGUGGUUUCGUUUCUCGAGGUGCUCAAGAACGUGGCGGCGAUUUUUGUCGACCACGAGGUGUGUGGGUGUUUCAUCGCGUACGCCUUCAACAUCAUCAGCUGUCUCACAGACUCGCAGCUUGGCGUCGAAGGCUGGUGGGCCGAGAAACUCGGCGACUUGUCGCGGAUGGCCAUUGCGCUGUAUCCGGCGCGUUACAUGGACUGGAAGAUCUCGUCUGUGUACUGGUACCAGCUGGCGAUGCGCACGCAGUUCGGCCACGGCAAAAUAUACUACCACAUGUGCACCGUCGAAAACGACAACUUGGAAGCUCUUGUGGACAUCGGGAAGAGCGUCACGUGCCGCGACCCAUUUGUGCCGACAUUGCAAUAUUUACGGCUAAUUGUGGACAACGUGUGCGCGCAGCGCAGCAUUCUGACGUCUGUGGAGAUGGCGAUGAUCGAUUUCGUGAAGAUCCACAAGAUCUUGCUGAUGCCCAACUACAGCACGAACCUGGAGAUGACCAACCUUGUUUCGCACUACUCCUCGCAUUUCGGGCUUGACAGCUCUAGCAUUGACUACUUCCAACUCAGAGGCGACCUGCGGUCGGCUCUUUCGACCGAAAAGCUUAAUUUCUGGUUCCAGAAAGGAGCCAACUUUGCAUUGUGCAACAUAAAUCACCUGAUCGGGUUUGGCGACUGCCGCAACCCGUUUGCCAAGUUAUUUGAACUUCCUGAGGCUCUCAAGCAGCGCAAGGACAAGAAAGACAAGCGCAGAAAGUCCAAGACGGACCAGACAGAGGACCUCGCCAAGACGCUCGACUCCGAGGCCAUCUACAACUCCACGGCCGACGAGCAGGACGAAUCGUCCUGGUUCACGCUGCUGGACUUUGUCAACAAGGGCGUGAUCGAGCUCAGCAUGAAGAUGCUGAAAAAGUACGUCAUGGGCCCGCUUCCGUCGUCCACGCCGCACGUGAUCGUAUGGCUCUACUUCAUCGUGGCCGUUGGCAAGGCCACCCGCAAAUAUCCGGCCUCGCGGCCGCUGUUCACGUACUUUGUGGCCCGCUACAUCCCGUGGAUGCAGCUCGUUCCGUACCUGAACGACGUGGCUUUUCUGGUGGCCAUGUCGGGCGCCGUGCGGAAAGAAAUGCCUGACCAUGCCGCAGAUUUCCAGGAAGGCCGUUUGCAGAACGUUUUGGACUAUUUUUCAGAAAACGAAACGCUCUGGGAGGCGUGGAAGUGUUGGGGGUCUGUGUGGUUCGACCAGGUCGCUCUCAAGGGCGACUAUCAGUCGGUCGCCGAGACUGGUGUUGUUGGCGACAUUUUUGACAUUCCAACGGCCGGCAUUAGAUACGACGCGCAACAGGACGUGCACCGGUUUUUGCGCGUGUACUCUCUGGCGUCGUUCAUUGCUUCCAGCUUCCCAGAAUUUGGCCUCGUUCUUGCCGGCUCUGUUUUCAAAUACAGAGUGAACUCUGACGUGUCGCGGUAUGAGCAGAGCAACACGAGCGUGGGAUAUUUCUGCCAGGACCCACGACUCAAGAGUCUGGCGGAGCCGUUGAACACCAAGAUCUGCGUGCAACCAGGCGAAGAGGUUAUGGAGCUGCCGGUGUCGUCAUUGCCGAGCUGGGACUUCAACUCGCCCGGGUUCAUGUCGGAAUACAUCCACAAACAGGACCUGGGCUCUGUUUCCGGGUCUGCGUCGGAAUACAGCUCUUUUAUGGGCGUGGACGAGCUAGACGAAGACUACGAGGACUCCUCGGGUGAGGACGCCUCGGACAGGAACACUGCUCCGUACGUGCCGGCGGCGGUGGCCGUGGCGGGCAAUUUGGGCGAGAAAAUGGACACGGAGGUGACAAUGAUCUCGCUGGACACCAAUACGUGGCUCAAGCACUGCGGCAAGGUGUACAAGUGCGUUCGGUCGGAGCUGUUCCGUCUGGCGAUCCCGCUGACGGUUUUCCAGGAACUGCGCUCGCUUAGACGGUCAGCAGACAAUUCUGUGGCCGAUUCGGCCACCAGGGCGGUGAUUAUCGUGCGGCAGCUGUUUACAGACAAGCAGAUCACUCCGAUCAGGGCAGACGGCACAGUGGCCUCGUCGCUGAACGAGACGCUGGAAUUCGAGCAGAACCAGAACUGGCGCAACCACACAGACGACAUAAUCAUCAAGGCCGUCAAGCUGAGCGACGACAGCAGCAAGAGCGUUCUACAGGGCGAGGGCGCUGCAAUCAACGGCGGCGCGCGACUACUGGACAGGCUCGAGGCGAGCGUGUUCCGCUACCACAUCCUGGUGACUGACGACCGCAACAUGGCAAUCCGCAGCAAGGCGAUCGGUCUGACGACGUUUUCCAGCGCGUGGCUUUUUGAUCAGCUGAAUAAGAUAGCCGAUGGCCGCUGUACAGAUUAA